AUGGCCAGAAGAGGCGGCGCCGCUGCGGAGAACCUUCCAGUUUCCUACGCCCCAGCCGACUUCACGCCCAGCCGCAUUUUGCCCGCCAGCAAAGCCGUCGCGCUUUCCCUUAUCAAAGUCCCGAAGUUCGUUGCGGAGGCGUGGCGCUCUUCGCCUGCGGACGCCACGGCGGGCGUGUUGACCGAGAAGAAUGGAAAGGCAGAGGCACGGUCACGGAGAUGCGCCGAGACCCAGGGCUUGACAGCCUGCACACAUUAUUUCAGUUUUAUACUCCCAAGAGCUCUUUGGCUACAGACGACACUAAACGGGGGGGGCUGGAGUCUGUUUCGAGGGCGAAGGCGAAACAGAAGCGCGGGGUUGGACUCCGAUGCUUUGAAAGUAAAGUUGUUUCGACUUUUCGAAGCAGCAGGAGCUGCUGGACUUCAGCUGAAGCAAAUUGCUGCUCACACGCAGCAGCCGCUGUCUUACGUCAAGACACUUGUUGAGGAAAUAGCAGAACAAAGAAACAGGCGCCUGAGCGACAGGAAGGCAGUUUAUUUUUUGAAGCAGCAGUACAGCGUGUACAGCAGUGAGCAAAUUGAAUUAAAUUGA